CCGGGGAGGACGGGUCGGAGGGGCCUGCGCAAGGCCGGGCCGAGAGGGAGGGGUGUGUGAGAGAGAAAGCCCCUCUUGGUAUACUACGUAUGGCUCUAUAGGAGAAUUCUUCUCUGGGAAUAUAGUGGAAAGGACGGAGCUGGUAUAAACUGAAGGCGCCCGGGUUUAAUUCACACUUGUGGGUGCCCAGCAUGGAGAUGCAGAGAUGGUCCACAAGGUGGAAAACGAGAAGGUGGCCCUGGGACUCGGCUGUAACCGUGCUCAUCACCUUCGCUGUCCUUCUCCGGGCUGCAGAGGUCAGAGGAGCUGAACCCAUUGAUGUGCUAAAAGCAUUAGAAUUUCACAAUUCACCGGAAGGAGUAUCAAGAACAGCAGGAUUUUGCACAAACAGGAGGGAUUCAAAAGGAUCGGAUGUUGCCUACAGAGUUUCAAAAACUGCACAGCUGAGUGCCCCAACAAAGCAGCUGUACCCAGGUGGAGAUUUUCCAGAAGAUUUUUCAAUAUUAAUGACAGUAAAGCCUAAAAAGGGUAUCCAGUCCUUCCUUCUGUCUAUCUACAAUGAGCAAGGAAUUCAGCAAGUAGGUGUUGAAGUUGGUAGAUCCCCUGUCUUCCUGUUUGAAGACCAAAAUGGAAAACCUGCCCCAGAAGACUAUCCUCUUUUCAGAACAGUCAACAUUGCUGAUGGCAAGUGGCAUCGAGUAGCUAUUAGUGUGGAGAAAAAAAGUGUUACAAUGAUUGUUGACUGUAACAAAAAAACUACAAAACCACUUGAAAGAAGUGACAAAACAGUUGUGGACACCAAUGGCAUCACUGUCUUUGGAACCAGGAUUCUGGAUGAAGAAGUUUUUGAGGGUGACAUCCAGCAGCUGUUGAUUAUAGCUGACCCCAGAGCUGCAUAUGACUAUUGUGAGCAUUAUAGCCCAGACUGUGAUUCCCCAGUGCCCAAUGCUGCUCAGGCUCAAGAUCCUCAAGUUGAUGAGUACACACCAGAAGAUUUUAUCGAAUAUGACUAUGAGUAUGGGGAUGCAGAUUAUAAAGAAACUGAUUCUGUAACAGAGGGACCCCCACUGUUCGAAGAGACAAUAGCACAAACAGAGGUAAACAUUGUGGAUGGUUUUCAAGAGUAUAGCAUAGCUGAAAAUGACUAUGGGCCCCAGACGGAAGCUCCCUCCAGAACUACUGAAGCAAAUGAGCAAAAUCCUGCUGAAGAAGUAUUUGCUGAAGAAUACAUAACUGGAGAGGAUUAUGAUAAAAAAACUGAGGAAACUGAAUAUGGAAGCAGAGGAGUAGACCUCAGUGAAUCUGAUCUGCUGGUAGAUGGAGAUUUAGGCGAAUAUGAUUUUUAUGAAUAUAAAGAAUAUGAAGAGAAACCAACUGAUUCCACUAAUGAGGAGUUUGGUCCAGGUGUUCCUGCAGAGACCGAUAUCACUGAAACGAGCGUGACUGGACAUGGGGCUUAUGGAGAAAAAGGCCAAAAGGGAGAACCAGCUGUAAUUGAACCUGGUAUGCUCAUUGAAGGACCACCGGGACCAAGAGGACCUGCUGGCCUUACAGGUCCCCCAGGUCUACAAGGUCCUGUUGGUCCUCCAGGUGACCCUGGUGAAAGGGGUCCACCUGGUCGCCCUGGUCUCCCUGGUGCUGAUGGUUUAGCAGGUCCCCCAGGUACCAUGUUAAUGUUGCCGUUCCGCUUUGGUGGAGAUGGUGAGAAGGGCCCAACAAUCUCAGCCCAGGAAGCUCAAGCACAAGCUAUUCUUCAGCAAGCUAGGAUUGCAAUGAGAGGUCCACCUGGUCCCAUGGGACUCACUGGAAGACCAGGUCCUGUGGGUGGACCCGGAGCAGCAGGUGCUAAGGGUGAAAGUGGUGAACCAGGUCCCCAGGGUCCUCGUGGUGUUCAAGGUGCCCCUGGUCCAAGUGGAAAAGCUGGCAAAAGGGGACGUCCUGGAGCCGAUGGUGCCAGAGGAAUGCCAGGAGAACCUGGAGCAAAGGGUGACAGAGGAUUUGAUGGUCUUCCUGGACUCCCUGGUGACAAAGGUAACAGGGGAGACCGUGGCCCACAGGGACCUCCUGGCUUACCUGGUGAAGAUGGAUCAAGAGGAGAAGAUGGGGAAGUUGGACCAAGAGGUCUCCCAGGUGAAGCUGGUCCACGGGGAUUACUGGGCCCCAGAGGUACACCUGGUCCCCCUGGACAACCUGGCAUUGCAGGUGUUGAUGGACCUUCAGGCCCAAAAGGAAACAUGGGUCCUCAAGGGGAACCAGGACCUCCUGGUCAGCAAGGAAUUCCAGGCCCACAAGGGCUUCCUGGUCCGCAAGGUCCUAUUGGACCUCCUGGUGAAAAAGGACCUCAAGGCAAGCCUGGCCUUCCCGGCCUUCCUGGUUCUGAUGGGCCUCCUGGUCAUCCUGGCAAAGAGGGUCAGUCUGGAGAUAAAGGAGCAUUGGGCCCUCCAGGUCCUCAGGGUCCAAUUGGCUAUCCAGGUCCUCGUGGUGUAAAGGGAGCUGAUGGUGUCCGUGGUCUCAAGGGAUCCAAAGGUGAAAAGGGUGAAGACGGUUUUCCAGGAUUUAAAGGUGACAUGGGCCUUAAAGGUGACCGGGGAGAAAUUGGUCAGCCGGGUCCACGAGGAGAAGAUGGUCCAGAAGGUCCAAAAGGUCGAGCAGGUCCAUCUGGGGAUCCGGGCGCUGCUGGUCCAGCUGGGGAAAAGGGUAAGCUUGGUGUACCUGGAUUGCCAGGAUAUCCAGGAAGACAAGGCCCGAAGGGAUCAACUGGUUUCCCAGGAUUUCCAGGUGCCAAUGGAGAGAAAGGUGCAAGGGGAUUACAUGGCAAACCAGGCCCCAGAGGGCAGCGAGGACCAACAGGUCCAAGAGGCUCAAGAGGUCCCAGAGGUCCCACUGGCAAACCAGGUCCAAAGGGUACUGCAGGCAAUGAUGGUCCUCCUGGCCCACCAGGUGAAAGGGGACCACAAGGGCCUCAGGGACCUGUCGGAUUCCCCGGACCAAAGGGACCUCCAGGGCCACCUGGAAAAGAUGGCUUGCCUGGGCACCCAGGACAGCGGGGUGAGACUGGUUUUCAAGGAAAAACUGGUCCUCCUGGUCCUGGCGGUGUUGUUGGCCCUCAGGGUCCUACUGGUGAGACUGGCCCAAUUGGUGAAAGAGGUCAUCCAGGUCCUCCUGGUCCACCAGGUGAACAAGGCCUCCCAGGUGCUGCAGGAAAAGAAGGUGCUAAGGGUGACCCAGGCCCUCAAGGCAUUCCUGGGAAAGAUGGACCAGCAGGUCUUCGUGGUUUCCCUGGAGAGAGAGGCCUUCCAGGUGCACAGGGUCCAGCUGGUCUGAAGGGAGGGGAAGGCCCACAAGGCCCACCUGGCCCAGUUGGUUCACCAGGGGAACGUGGAGCAGCAGGCACUGCUGGCCCAAUUGGUCUGCCAGGUCGUCCUGGACCUCAGGGUCCUCCAGGCCCCGCAGGGGAGAAGGGUGCUCCUGGUGAAAAAGGUCCUCAAGGUCCAGCUGGACGUGAUGGAGUACAGGGUCCUGUAGGACUUCCUGGUCCUGCUGGUCCUAGUGGUUCUCCCGGAGAAGAUGGUGACAAGGGUGAAAUUGGUGAACCGGGUCAGAAAGGUAGUAAAGGCGACAAGGGAGAAAAUGGUCCCCCGGGUCCACCAGGUCUCCAGGGUCCCGUUGGUGCCCCUGGUAUAGCUGGAGGUGAUGGGGAACCAGGCCCAAGAGGUCAGCAAGGGAUGUUCGGGCAAAAAGGUGAUGAAGGUCCUCGAGGCUUCCCUGGCCCUCCGGGCCCUAUUGGCUUACAGGGUCUGCCUGGCCCACCAGGUGAAAAGGGUGAAAAUGGUGAUGUGGGGCCAAUGGGUCCACCUGGCCCUCCAGGUCCAAGAGGUCCACAGGGUCCUAAUGGAGCUGAUGGUCCUCAAGGCCCCCCAGGCUCAAUCGGCUCUGUUGGAGGUGUUGGUGAAAAGGGUGAACCUGGAGAAGCUGGUAACCCUGGACCUCCUGGAGAAUCUGGAACAUCUGGUCCAAAAGGUGAAAGGGGAGAAAAAGGUGAGGCUGGUCCACCUGGAGCAGCUGGACCACCAGGUGCUAAAGGACCUCCAGGUGAUGAUGGGCCUAAGGGUAACCCAGGCCCAGUUGGUUUUCCUGGAGAUCCUGGUCCCCCUGGGGAACCUGGUCCAGCUGGUCAAGAUGGCGUUGGUGGAGAAAAGGGUGAAGAUGGUGAUCCUGGUCAACCUGGUCCACCAGGUCCUUCAGGUGAAGCUGGCCCACCUGGUCCACCUGGAAAAAGAGGACCUCCUGGAGCAACUGGUGCUGAAGGCAGACAAGGUGAAAAAGGUGCAAAGGGUGAACCUGGUGCAGAAGGGGCUCCUGGAAAAACGGGUCCAGUUGGUCCACAGGGACCUGCAGGAAAACCUGGCCCAGAGGGUCUCCGGGGCAUUCCUGGCCCUGUGGGAGAACAAGGUCUACCUGGAGCACCAGGUCAGGAUGGCCCUCCUGGGCCUCUGGGUCCACCUGGCUUGCCUGGCCUGAAAGGAGAUCCAGGUUCCAAAGGAGAGAAGGGACAUCCUGGUUUGAUUGGCCUGAUUGGACCUCCAGGAGAACAGGGUGAAAAGGGUGAUAGGGGUCUUCCUGGCCCACAGGGAUCUCCUGGAGCCAAGGGUGAUGCAGGAAUUUCUGGUCCUGCUGGUCCACUUGGACCCCCUGGUCCUCCUGGUUUACCUGGUCCCCAAGGUCCAAAAGGUUCCAAAGGAUCCAGCGGUCCUGCUGGUCAAAAGGGUGACAGUGGAUUACCUGGUCCACCUGGUCCUCCAGGUCCUCCAGGUGAGGUAAUACAGCCGCUGCCAAUCCAGUCACCCAAAAAGACAAGAAGAUCUCCUGAUUACAUGUUAUCCGAUGCUGGUGAUAAUAUUCUGGAUUAUUCUGAUGGCAUGGAAGAGAUCUUUGGAUCAUUGAAUUCACUGAAGCAAGACAUUGAGCAUAUGAAGUAUCCAAUGGGCACUCAGAAUAACCCAGCCCGAACUUGCAAAGACUUGCAACUCUGCCACCCAGACUUCCCAGAUGGGGAAUAUUGGAUUGAUCCUAACCAGGGCUGUUCUGGAGACUCCUUCAAAGUAUACUGCAAUUUCACAGCAGGUGGGGAAACUUGCAUCUACCCAGAUAAGAAAUCUGAAGGAGUUAGAAUUUCAUCAUGGCCAAAGGAGAAUCCAGGAUCUUGGUUUAGUGAAUUUAAGCGAGGCAAACUUCUUUCCUAUUUGGAUGUUGAAGGCAAUUCCAUUAAUAUGGUCCAAAUGACAUUCCUUAAACUACUGAGUGCCUCUGCCAGACAAAAUUUCACUUACAACUGUCAUCAGUCUGUAGCUUGGCAUGAUGCAUCAUCUGACAGCUAUGACAAAGCGCUAAGGUUCUUAGGAUCAAAUGAUGAAGAAAUGUCUUAUGACAACAAUCCUUACAUCAAAGCUCUUCACGACGGCUGUGCAUCAAGAAAGGGCUAUGCAAAGACAGUGAUCGAAAUCAACACACCCAAAAUAGACCAAGUGCCUAUAGUUGAUGUGAUGAUCAAUGACUUUGGCGAUCAGAACCAGAAGUUUGGAUUUGAGGUCGGUCCUGUCUGCUUCCUUGGUUAAGCGUAAGACAAAAAUCAGAUCAACAAAAAUGUUGCACUUUGGUGCUACCAAUCCACUUCAUGCCACAUGCAAGUUUUGAAUAAGGAUGGCAUAGAAAAUAUGUCUUGCUGUGUAUGUAUGUCUUAUCUAGAAAGUAAUUGUUGCCCUUGUAGGGCCAGAAUCACAUGACUUAAACUUAUUUUGCAAAGAUGCUGUGGCACAGAUAGACAACACAGGGCUUACUUUAGGAACACCCCCCUUUGGAGUCCUUUGGUGCUGUAAAAAAAACAAACAUGGUGCUCCUUCCAUUACAACAGAGAUGUUAAGAAAGUGUUUAAUAAACUGUAAUUAUUCUAUGUACAGUACUAUACUGUUAUUUCUCUGUCCAUUUCCAAAACUUGCAUGUGUCUCUGAAUUGCAUCUGGCUCUUAUUUUAUAAUUACAAAACUACAUUGUCAAUACUGUGUAUGUAUUCUGAAAAAAUAAAGCUGUAAGUGCCAGUGAAGCCAAUUCCAAUUCUGAUUAAUAAUAAAAUCCCUUUGUAUAUAUUGUUGUUGAAGAGUUUUGUUAUUUGAAGUUGCCAACAAAACUUAAGGUGGCAAAACUGGAAGAUCUUGAGCAGCACACUCAAACAACUCUCUUCUGCUGAUAUCAAUCUGUGAUGAUGAAUUUCAAUAAUGAAAGCACCUUCAAAGGUGCUGUGUUCCAUGGUGCUAUACCUCAGACUUUUUAUUUUCUUUUCUAAUUCCAUAAUUUCAUAAGAUACCUGUAUAUACCUAAAAUAAACAAGUUUAUAUUUCUGGGUGGGGAA